AUGGCCUCCCAACCCCACCGCGUGCACCUGCUAGCAAACAAGAAUGCCAUCAUCACCGGGGGCACCACGGGCAUAGGACGCGCCAUCGCCCUGUCCUUUCUCCGCCACGGCUGCAGCGUCACCGUCAACCACCUCGACCUUGACCGGGAUAAGCAACACCUCGACUCCCUCAUCGCCGAGGCAGACACCAUCCGUGCUGAAGACCCAGAGGCCGGCCGCCUAUCCCACCUACCUGGCGAUGUGCGCCAGGUCGAGACAGCCGCAAGCUUGGUAGAGCACGGAGUGCAGCACGGCGGCACGGGAGACUCGACAUCUGCCUGCCGCUCGUCACAUGGCCCGCCACCAAUCCCCGCCGGCGGUAGCAUCAUCGGCAUCUCCUCCAUUUCCGCCCUCGUCGGCGGCGCUCAGCAGACGCACUACACCCCUACAAAGGCCGGCGUUCUCAGUCUCAUGCAGAGCACCGCUUGCGCGCUGGGCAAGUACUCCAUCCGAUGCAACUCGCUGCUGCCCGGAACCAUCCGGACCCAGCUGAACGACGAAGACCUAGCCGUUGAUGCCAAGAGAGAGUACAUGGAGGGCAGGAUACCCCUUGGGAGGACCGGCGUCCCGGCGGAUCUGGCAGGGCCUGCAGUCUUCCUGGCGAGCGACGAGCUGAGCGGAUAUGUGACGGGAGCGCAGCUCCUCGUGGAUGGGGGCUUGUUCGUCAACCUUCAGUGA